GGAAGACAAAGGACGUUUACUUGAAGGACGAAGGAAAUGAGAUGCAUCUAUGGUACUGUCUUUUGGUUGGUAGUAGUAUCGAUUCCCUUAUCAAGUGGAGUUGCAACUGAGCUGUGUAUUGUUCCCUCUGAUCUCUCUUCCUGUCCCUGCAACACCUCUUGCCAUACAUUUGAUUACUAUUUGAGCGACUCUGAGACUUUCUUUGUUGACAAUACCACAUUCUUGUUUCUGCCUGGAGUUCAUGAGGUGCAUGGCUUGUACAACGGAUUCGGUGUUUCUGGAAUGAACUUCACAGGGAAUAAUGCUUCCUUGAUAAUUCUUACCGAUAGUAGUUUGACAGCUCCGUGGUUUUCACUAACAAAUGGUAAUUCCGUCUCUUUCUCUGGACUUGCUGUGAGUACGUGUGCUUCACUCUAUACGUUAUUUUCUCUAACUAAUAUCGGUAAUGUAGAGAUGACCAAUAUGGUGAUGGAGAGUAACUGCACUACUAGUAUUUUUUUGACAGAGUCAACUGGUUACUUUAAAUUUCACAAUGUGGUGAUAAGACUGACAGAUACGUCCUCCGGCACUCGCUUCAUGACCUCUUUUUUUAAUGUCAAUGGACUCAUUAGUAUUUCAGAAUCAAUAUACUAUUACUUGGGACCCCAGUUUGCAUUACUAGCCAUUAAUAUUCUGUACAGUAAUAAAUUUAUAACCAAUACCACAAUAAUUGUGGUUGAUACGGAAAUUUACCGGUCUGGAGUGGCCUUCGGGAUUCGUUCUCUCUGAUUUUGAUGCAUCGGACACUGAUAGCUCUUUUCUGGACAUUUUGGUGGAGAAUGUGUUGAUAUCAGGACCAUAUUACACUGGACUGGGGCUUGAGAUUGCCGCUUUUUGGGGAUUCUGCAACGUAACCAUUCUCAAUAGUACAAUACAGGGGGUCAAUGGAACGGCCCUCUCUCUAGGGCUUGACAACCCCUUUACGCCCAGUGCAGUCAUAAAGAACUCACAACUCAGAUGGAACUAUGGUCGAGAGGAUUAUGGAGUUGCAAUGGUCAUUAGAGGCUAUAAUUCAGCGUACCCUGCAGUUGUGGAGCUUGUUAAUGUCACCGUUGAGUCAAACACCUACUCAGACACUGUUACAACAAUGAUGGUUGCAGUAAACAUCACAAUGAGUGACUGUGCCUUCAGGAAUAACACUGGCACUGCUGUGUUUCUCGAAGAUUCAUUCUUAGAGUGUUCUGGCCACAACGAAUUCACUGCCAAUAUUGGGUAUGAGGGAGCGUGUCUUUCAUUGGGUGAAGGAAGCAGGAUUUUUCUGGCAACUAAUGAAACAAGGCUAACCUUUGCCCACAACACUGCUAAUUACACUGGUGGAGCUAUAUAUCUAAGAACAAAUCGUGCAUCCUAUAUCCAGCUUUUACUUGGGUAUAGUCAUGCAUGGUGCUUUGUCCAGGAAAAACCGCCAUCCAACAGUAUUUUCCUUUUCGAUAGCAACACCGCUAAAAAUGGCGGGGAUGAUAUAUUUGGUGAAUAUUUUGACUUCACAACAUUUGGAAACACUGUCUACUAUUGCAUUGAUGUGAUAGCAAACAUGUCAACCUUUGCUCAGAAGAGUGUUUCCUCAGUCACAUCACCACCAUCUCGUGUAUGCCUCUGUGAAGAUGAUGGUACAGCUCGUUGUCUGGAGUAUGAGAGGAGUGUUUCAAUUUACCCCGGUCAAACUGUUGGCAUCCAAGCAUUCACAGUUGGUCAGCAGUUUGGUACAGUGAGAGGAGCAGUCUAUGCACAAAUCCUCAACAAAAGCAGCAGUACUAUCAUCCCAAGUGAGCAGAAAGUUCAGACGGUAGGUAUUCGCAACUGUACAGACGCCAUCAAUACUCUCAAAUACAAACUGGCAACAGGAGAAAGUGAAACAUUGGUACUCACGGCAGUGAAUAUAGUUGUUUCUGAGUUUGUGAACAAAGCCGAAAUUGAUGCUAUCCUUGUGCAGUACAGAGAGAAUCUAAAGCAAGAGAAUCUAAAGCAAAACAUCACUCACGUACCUCGACAACUUGUAACUUUGCCACUUUUCAUUAACCUGGACACUCUCUCCUGUCCCAGGGGCUUUGCUCUUGGCGACAGCGGCUGUCAAUGUGAUGCAACUUUUCUACACCAUGUUGGAAGAUACAGAGUGUCUUGUGACAUUGAUACACAGAGCAUUGGAAGGGAAUACAGUGUCUGGGUCGAUGACACUAAUACAACUUCCAGCUACAGUAAGCAAUGCCCCCUAGUAUAUUGCAACCCAGAUUUUCUGCAAGUUAACCUCAGCAAUGUUGAUGGAGCAGAUUUACAAUGUCUCCAUCAUCGCUCUGGAGUUCUGUGUGGAGGAUGCCGGAAGAACUUCAGCCUUGCCAUUGGCAGUUCAAACUGCCUCGCCGACUGUUCUAACAGAUACCUCUCCCUCUUAGCAGUCUUUGCUGUGGCAGGAGUCCUGCUUGUGCUUGCCAUCAAGUAUCUCAACCUGACGGUAACUCAGGGACUCAUCAGCGGUCUCGUUUUGUAUGCUAACAUUGUCCAAACAAACAAAGGAGUGCUUCUAUCGUCUAAUGAGGUUGGAGUUAGAGUAUUUGCUACAAUAAUAGCCUGGUUCAAUUUUGAUUUUGGAAUUGAGACCUGCUUCUCUGGAUCACUGGACAUGUACCUCAAGACUUGGCUACAAUUUGUAUUUCCUCUCUAUCUUUGGAUUCUAGCAGGAGGAAUCAUACUGGCCUGUAGAUACUCACAACUGGCCACAAGGUUCUUUGGGAACAAUACUGUUCAUGUUUUAGCAACGAUAUUUCUUCUGUCGUACAACAAGCUUCUUCGAGUGGUAAUAGCUGUCUAUUCAGCUACUAACAUCCAAGUUCAAAAUGAACGUAUCGUAGUUGUAUGGACAUAUGAUGGUAAUAUUCUUUACCUUGGGCCCCAGCAUGCUUCGCUUUUUGCUGUGAGCACUGCUGUGUUCCUCACUCUCUGGUUACCAUUCACUGUCCUUAUUCUCCUGGGUCACUGGCUGCAGAGAUACAACCACCUGAGGGGAUUAAAGUGGUUGGGGAAGCUACGACCGCUAUUCGAUGAAUACUAUGGCCCUCUGAAGGAUCGUCGCCGUUACUGGGUUGGAAUUCUGCUACUGGCGAGAGUGUGUGUGAUAUUUCCAGCGGCUGAUCCUCUUGCCUCUGUUGAAGCAAGCCUUUUAGCCAUUGUAUUUGUUGCCUUAGUACUACUUUUGCUUCUUCUGUUGUUUGGUAAGGUUUAUCGAAAAUACUACAUUUCACUGUUUGAAGUUGUUUCCUUGGUGAAUCUUAAGCUCUUCGCGAUACUUUCUCUUUAUUAUUCAAGUACUGGUGGGAGGCAAGAGACAGCCGUGUACAUUUCCGCUGGGAUUUUCUUGAGCUGCUUAAUUCUUGUAAUAAGUAUUCAGCUUUAUGUCACCAUACUUCACAAGUUGCUGGUAUUUUGCAAGAAGGGCAGAGAUGCUUAUGUUCCCAUUGAUGAAGAACAACUCCCUGACUUAAUUAUUGAUGGCCGCUCCUAAUAACAUUAUUAUUCAAUAAUGUAUUGUAACAUAAUAGUAUGACUGGUCUUUAAUGAAUAAGUAUGUGUGUUAUUGACUGCCCUU